CAAUAAACAGGUAAUAGUCCAAAACCCCUGAAAAAACCCAAUUUUCUUCAAAACUUCCGAAAUUUCCACCAUUAACUAUUAACUCGAAAAGCUGUUCUUCAAGCUUUCAACAAUGGCGGCCAUGUCAACUCACCCUUCAACGAGUUUAACUUGCUCUUUAAAAUCUGGGUUGAGCAAGAAAUGUUUGAUUUCCCAGGCUUUCUCUUCGAAACCCCAUAAUUUGGGCUAUAAUCCAAGAAAAUGGAAGAAUUUGGAGUUUAAUAAAAUGGUAGUAUCUGCAACCAAUGUUGAUCAGAAGGGCGGUGAGAGUAAUUUUUCUUUCAAUGGGUCUUCUCCCUCCCCUCGAUCACCGGCGAGGAGGCACACAAUAUCGGUAUUUGUUGGGGAUGAAAGUGGAAUGAUAAAUCGAAUAGCAGGAGUCUUUGCUAGAAGAGGGUAUAAUAUUGAAUCCCUUGCUGUUGGGUUGAACAAAGACAAAGCUCUCUUCACUGUUGUUGUCACUGGAACAGACAAUGUGUUGCGGCAAGUGAUGGAACAGCUUCAGAAGCUUGUGAAUGUUUUAAAGGUUGAAGAUAUAUCCAAGGAGCCUCAAGUAGAACGUGAAUUAAUGCUUGUGAAAGUCAGAGCCAACCAGAGUAACCGUGCUGAGUUGAUGUGGUUGGUGGACAUCUUCCGCGCCAAAAUUGUGGACAUAUCGGAAGAGAAUCUCACGAUUGAGGUCACUGGGGAUCCAGGCAAGUUGGUUGCAGUGCUAAGAAAUCUUGGCAAGUUCGGAAUUAAAGAGAUUGCUCGUACUGGAAAGAUUGCUCUUAGAAGGGAAAAGUUGGGAGAGUCUGCUCCUUUCUGGCGUUUUUCUGCCGCUUCUUAUCCUGAUCUUGAAGAAGCUAUGUCAGUAGACGCUCUUUCUGGAGUUUCAAGACAAGCACCUGAUGAUGGAUCACCAAACCUAUCCGUGGAGGGUGAUGUUUAUCCUGUUGAACCUUUUGAUGGUUUCACAGUUCCUCAAGUCCUUGAUGCUCAUUGGGGUGUUUUGAAUGAUGAAGAUACGAGUGGGAUGCGAUCACACACUCUAUCGAUGCUUGUCAAUGACAAACCUGGGGUCCUCAAUGUUGUCACAGGGGUUUUCGCUCGAAGGGGUUAUAAUAUUCAGAGUUUAGCUGUGGGUCAUGCGGAAGGUGAGGGUCUAUCUCGCAUCACUACCGUUGUUCCUGGUACAGAUGAAUCAAUCGGCAAAUUAGUGCAGCAAAUUUACAAGCUGGUUGAUAUCCAUGAGGUUAGAGAUUUCACUCAUUUACCGUUUGCUGAGCGGGAGUUGAUGUUGAUUAAGGUAGCUGUGAAUACCACUGCACGGCGUGAGGUUCUUGAUAUUGCCAGCAUUUUUAGAGCUAAAGCUGUUGAUGUAUCUAGUCAUACAAUAACACUUGAGCUCACUGGAGAUUUGAACAAGAUGGUUGCGCUUCAGAGAUUGCUGGAACCCUUCGGUAUCUGCGAGGUUGCACGAACAGGAAGGGUGGCCUUGGUUCGAGAGUCUGGUGUGGACUCAAAAUAUCUCCGUGGAUACUCUUUUCCUUUGUAAGAUUUCUAUCAAGACUACAAUGUAGAAAGCCGGGUGGAUUAACAAAAUCUUGUUUCUGCUUUCAAAAAUUUUGUACUUUUUUUGGUUACACGUUAUUUCAAUUUUGUUUCUGUAGGUAGAGGCCAGUGAGAUUUUGUUUUGGAUGUUAGCAGGUAGAAGAAAGUAUGAAAUGCUGAAUAAAUUAAUGUGAGUUCCCCAAGAACUUAGUUUCUGUAUAGGAAAAUGUACUGGUAAAAAAACUACGAAAACUGAAAAGAAAGAGAUAAACUUUCGCAGUUAUGAAGUCAUUUUAAACAGGGAAUA